UCUUCCGCGUUCUUUUUCAUCAAUGUCAUGGUAUUUAAAUGUCCUCUGUCAAUGCCAUAUGGGUUUGAGUUUCAGGAUCCUACGGGCACUGUCGGUGCUAGUGUCCAUCACAAGGUUUUCACUGAAAGCGAAUUCGCGAAGGACAUAAAUGUUGGAUCUGUUAUGCUUAUCCAGAAGGUAGCUGUGUUUUCUCCUAGAAAAUCUAAUUGUUACCUGAACAUAACAUUGCCCAACAUAGUUAAGGUAUUCUCCAGUGACUGUGGACCUCCAUCUGAAACAUUCACCGACAUUACAGAAGAUUGAUUAAUGUUAUUUGGCUAAUUUUGAAUUAUUUGCAACUUUAAAAAAUCCUUGACCUGGAUUAUGUAGGCUAUGUUGCGUCCCUUGAAUUAUGUACGUUAUUUUGCUUCAAUUGGAUUAUGUGCGUUAUUUCACUUCCCAUUGGAUUUUGUUUGUUAUUUUAACUGAUUUAAAAGAGAUAAAAAUGUAAUCAAAUCAAGUAAAGCGUGAUAAUGUGAAAUCCAAACUAAUAAUGCGAUAAAAGUACAGACCGAUAAUAAAGCGUGUAUAAACUAAUAGUGCGAUAAAAGUACACAUAAUAAUAAUGUCACUGCCCCCUGCCCCUACGACCCACCCUACCCCUACGACCUCUGCCUCCGCCUCUGCCACCUCCUCUAUCUCCGCCUCCUCCUCUGCCUCGACCUCUGCCUCCUCGUACACCAACGAAAGUGACGCUCUGGGUCCUGCUCAAGUCUCUGAUGACAGUGAGGCACUUCUCUAAUAAAGUGCGGGAGCGUGUAUCUCUAGGGGGACCGUCGUCGACCUCAAGUCCCUGCUCUAGCAAAUCAACGGCCCGACGCAAA